UUUAGUUCAUCUGUUUUUCGAGGUGCUUUCAACGAGACUCGCAAUAAGUAUGGGACUGAAUGUAAGUAGUUUUGUACAACUUACAACUUUUUUUGGUCUUCUUGAUAUUUAUAUUUUCUUAUUUGCAGUGAAACGAACUUCUUCAGCAGCUGGAUUUGCCGACUCAGACAGCUGUGCUGGUGGUUCUGGCAGCACUGACUGUCGGCCAAAACGUUUCAAGCCAGAUCCAGAAUUAACCUGUGAUGAUGAAGACGAACUGGACGCAAAAAUUGCACACAAAAACCAACCAGUGCUGAUGACGGUUUACCGUGAUCCCGUCACUGAGCAAGAAAAAGUUUGCAUUGUUGUGUCACUCCCUGGAGGCGCUUCUGAUGUCGAAUUCUCUCUCGUCGGCAGUGGACCAGGCAGUUCUACAGCCAGAAUAACGUACUCCUGGCCCAAAAUCCUGUUUGACAUCGAGACAAUCUUCAAAAAAGCCAUCACCAGUUCGGAAUUACCAGUUUGUCAUCCCAAAAUUAUUGCCCUGAAAAACGAAUUGAAAAACAAUCGUGAUUUAAUCGACUCCACCCCUAAAGGAUCGAUGGAGUUGACUUUACCGAUUUCGGUUCAGACGGCUACUAGCUCCAUCUCCCGUGCGGGUGGGAAAACAGCUGACGGAAGUAUGGUUGUGAUUGUCGAAUUAUUGGCAUUUCAGAACUCUUACACAGUCAAACAAUUUGAUAAAAAAAUUGAUUUUGUAGAUUUAUAGUCUUUUUUGUAUUUUUUUAUUGUUUAACUGUUUCGUUUUCUUGACAGGUUGGUUGGGUUUUCUAGUUUUUGUGUCAUACACAUUUAUGCAGCAUAUUUUUUUUUUAUUGAUCAAAAAUACGC